AUGAGCCCAAGGCCCAAACAUGGGCCGCGUUACUGUCAUCCGCCGGGAAGAAGCACCAAGCGAUGUUAUCCGACGCUGCCCAGAAAGGAACGAAGCCAGCUCCAUUCAAACGGGUCCUGGCACGAAUUUAAAGGGGCGAGAAGUGAGAACAGGAGCACGGAAUGUGGGAAGCAGAAGCGACAUCGGACUGAGUUGGCGCCGGGGUUUUGGCGGGAAGUCCUUCGCAGCCCGGCGCGUCCACAAGGUCAAUGCCAAGAAAGCAGAGGACGGCGAAUCGAAGGCCCGUCAUUGGACCUGCCGACGCUCCCCUGCCCAUGCACUUCGCCGAAUUCUGGCGCGAGCCAUCACUCGUCGGCCCGCCGGAGGAUGAGUCACGGCAGUUCAAAUUUGCUUAACUUUGCCUCGUGACUUGUGGCGAAUUAUCGACAAUCUGACGACAAUUAGAAGCCCGGCCAGCGGAAGGAAGGAAGGAAGGAAAGAAGGAAGUAACGAAGGAAGGAAGGAAGUAACGAAGGAAGGAAGGAGGGAGGUUCUGUAAGCAGGAGACGGAAGGGUCGAGAAGGAGGACUAGGGGCGCGGUCUUGGGAGGUUUGGAGCGGGUCGCGAGAAGGGUUUAGUCUUCGAUGGCGAUGGGGAUGCGGAAGGAGAGACGAGGAUGAAGGUGGUUGCGUAGGUGGAAGAGGAAGAGCAGCGGUAGCGGGUGGAGGUUGAUCGUGAGCGUGCCGUGUCGAGUGCUGUUAGUGGAGGUGUCUAGCGGGAACGGUCGAAGGAAGAGAGGAUUACUAGCCGGAAUGGAGGAGCACGAGGUCGUACUAGAUAAUGAGCAGGUGGUGAGCAUUCACGAGUUUAUGGAAGGGAUUGAAGCCCAGCAACUGGAGGCAGAUCUGGUGCUCGGAGGAGACGAAGGCAAGGAGUGUACAUAUGAAAAGGGUUACAUGAGAAGACAAGCGGUGUUUUCCUGCCUAACGUGUACUCCAGCCGGAAAUGCUGGGUUUUGUACGGCCUGCUCGUUCGCGUGCCACGACGGCCACGAGGUGGUGGAGUUGUGGACGAGAAGGAGUUUUCGCUGUGACUGCGGAAAUUCAAAGUUUUCAAGCUUCGAGUGCAAACUAAACAAAAAUAAAGAACAGCUGAACGAGGGAAAUGUGUACAAUCAAAAUUACGGAGGUCUCUACUGCACGUGCCGUCGCCCUUUCCCUGAUCCCGAAAUUGAAGAUCAGGGUGAAAUGCUACAAUGCUGCAUAUGCGAGGAUUGGUUCCACGAGACUCAUCUCGGGCUACCACCCAACUUACAGGUUCCAAGAGAUGAAGAUGGGGAGCCCACGUUCGACGAGUUGAUCUGCCAAUCUUGCGUCCGUCGUUGCAGUUUUCUGGAAGAGUAUCCAGAACUGAUUGCAUCACCUGUCGAGGUUGAGGAUGAUGAAGCACCUCCAAGUCAGGACUCAGAAGCACCGAAGGUAGCUGACGUAUCUACCGCGGAAGCACCUCCUACUCAAACUUCCGUAAACAAGAAACCUUACACAAACGGUUUAACCCUUGAGACCGCUCUAGGAGGUAGACCCGUGCCAAGUGUCGAAGAAAAUGGGAAAGCCGAGAAGUUGGAGGUCAGUAGCACCAACCAUGUCGGGGAGUCAUCCGGAAGUGGAGGUUCUGUUUGCAAGCUGAAGCGAACAUCUCAGGCUGAGUCGGCCCUUACGACAUCAGAGGAGAAACCUGAAGAAACGACCUCAGUAGGCCUCAAAGUGCUAGACUCUGGACGGGCAGUUUUUCUCGCUAAGAGCUGGAGAACUGAGCUUUGUCAAUGCGAUGCCUGUAAGGCAAUGUACAUGGCAAAGGGCAUAGAGUUCCUCUUAGACAAAGAGGACACACUUCAGGAAUACGAGGAAUCAGCAAAAAGGAAACGGGAGGAAGCCAAAGAAAAGGAGGAUGGAACUACACAAGCCUUUUUACAAAAACUAGGACACGUGCAGCGCAUUGAGCUGGUUCAUGGUAUCAACAAUUUGGCAACCGAACUGGAAUCUUUUCUGACCCCUUUUGGGCAAAGUGGGAAAACUGUGACCAGUGACGAUAUAUAUGAGUUCUUCGAUGGAUUGCGCAAGAAGAGGAGAGUGGAUUAGAUGUCUAGAACUACAGAGGGCGAUUAUGUCGGCUCUGUAACCUUCUGGCAUGAAGACUAGGAAUAUGUUAGCACGCUAACCUCACAAGGUCACUGUUCCCGCCGAAGGGGCCAGCAGUUGACCUAGUAAGAAUAUGUGCUCCUGUAAAUGAAAUUGCACAUAAUCUCAACAGUUGAGGAUAUAGAAGGCCGAACGUAACCAGGCCCACCACUAUCUCUCAAAGUUCUUGUUUCAUAUUUUGAAGAGUAAUGUAUAGAGCAGGAGUUGGCGUCUCACAAAUUGUCGUCUGUGCCUAUCGUCAACUGCCUCAAACGUCUCUCCUGUAUCUUGUAAUACUAAGAUUCGAGUUUCUCUGU